UUGUAUUGCAUGUUUAUUCCCCUGUUUGUUCUUUAUUUUAUUAUUUUUAUUAUAUACCGAGGAUCUAAAGUAUAAAUAUAAAUUAAUUAAGAAUCCACUUGAAGAAUCCAAUAAAAUAGCAAUAUUAACCCACACUUUGAUAUUUUAAUAUAUUAUGAUUUGUUUUGGCAUAGUGUAGUUUAAAACAUUGAAUCAAGGAUGUAAAAUAUAUUCUUAUAAUUAAAUAAUUAGUCCUUUACGUUUAAAUUACUGAGAGUCAUAUUGUUCUUAUCCUAAUUGUAUUUUUUGUAAGGCCUAUAUAAAGUUUUAAUUUGAGAAGUACUAUUUUAUAAUCUAUAAGGAUAUUUUUUGAUUGUUAUUGUAUCAACCAUAAUAUUAGUACUUUUUAUGUCAAAUUUUUUUUAAGAUUUAAAAUUUUGGUGGAUGUUUGGGGUUCCUGUGAUUGCAUAUUUUUUGUCCUUAAAAUUUUAAAUAUGGUUUUGGGUAAUUAUAACCUUGUAUAUUUAGAACGAUGCUAGUUAACGAUUAGUUUUGAUUCAUAAUUCCUUAUCCUAAAUGAUGAUUUUCGUUUUCAUGAUUCUAAGCUUAUUUGAAUGA